AGCUCGGUUGUCCUCCACCGCUAUGAAGCAGUCAGCUUUCAUCCUCUUCGCGUCCUUCUGCGGAAGCAUUGUGGUUCCAUCGCUGUCGGCGGUUCCCCCACCCAUGGGAGAGUACUACGACGAUCCCGAUGGCGAUGUGUCUGGUAAACUCACCUUCUAUCCCGAUUACAUCCUGAACAUCCAUGUCAACCUCUAUGGCUGUGCCAUUUCUGUGAGCGGUGUGAAAUAUUCGCAGCUAAUCCAUGUAGGCAUGAUGAAUUACAAGUUCACUAUCUCUUAUGCUGGGACGGACCUCGCGAAGCAGAUCAACGCAUGUAAGAGUUCUGAAAUUACCAUUAAAGAUUUUGACAAACCCUUGUUAUACACAUAUAGAACUAUUGAGCCCAAGAGGAACAGUAUAACUACCAGUUGGGGCCCGACCACAGGAUUGUUCUUCCAUGAGAACUGAAAGUUGGUCACUCGAAGGAGCUAUUUCGGACCAACCUACUUUCCAAAGCUGGAAAAUUUUCAUUAUUCGGAGGUCCUUUGAAAGGACUCCUCCGGGGAGGAUCAAUCUUUCUAUUUGCCGGAUUGUAUCGAC